AUGAAUUCAUAUGUAUAUAACACAGUUGAUGAGUUAAAGGAGUCAAUCAAGGCAAUGUUCGGUACAAUUGAGAUUCGGCCUCAAGAAUCCUAUCUUGGGCUACCAUCCUUGGUGGGCCGGUCAAAAAGCAAUACUUUUACCAAUUUAAAACAGAGGGUCGCAAACAAAGUGUCGAGUUGGAAGGAAAAACUCUUGACGACUGCUGGUAAGGAAAUUCAGAUCAAAGCGGUUGCACAAGCAGUACCGUCUUACUCCAUGUCAUGUUUUCUCUUGCUGAAGAAAUUAUGUGAUGAGCUCACUUCCUUGGUUCGACAGUUCUGGUGGGGUCAGGUUAAAGAUGAGAAAAAGCUAGCUUGGUUAAGCUGGGAUAAGCUGUGCAUACCAAAGGAAAUGGGCGGCAUGGGGUUCAGGGACUUAAGGAUGUUCAAUUUAGUGCUUUUGGCAAAGCAAGGAUGGAGGUUACAAACCAACUCUACUUCCUUGUUUGCCCGAUUGUUUAAGGCGAAGUAUUUUCCCCACUGCUCUUUCUUGGAGGCAAAUUUAGGCCGCCACCCCUCCUAUGCUUGGCGAAGCAUUAUGGCGGCCUAA